CAACCACAUCCACUCAAGACAUCCAAGCAGCGGCACUCGGCAGCACCCAGCUGUCUGCAGUACGACGAGUGCUUCCUUCACACUCUUGCGAGCGCCGCUGCUGCGAGGCGUCGUGUCCUCGCCGAGGACCUGCCUGCGCACGGCCAGCCGCCUCGCCGCUAGCAUGCCGCCGUGCUGGCUGAUGAAGGCCGAGCCCGACUCGCGCAUCGACCCGCGCACCGGCGUCGACGUCAAGUUCGGCCUCGACGACUUUCGCGCGUCGAAGGACCAGACGACGAGCUGGGAGGGCGUGCGCAAUGCCGAGGCGGGCAAGCACAUGCGUGAGCGCAUGAAGCUCGGCGACCGCGUGCUCUUCUACGCCUCCAACACAAAGGUGCCCGGCGUCUCUGCGCUUGCCAAGAUCGUCAAGGAGGGCUAUCCAGACCACUCGGCCUGGGAUCCGAAGCAUCCCUACUACGACGCCAAGUCCUCGGCCGACGCUCCGCGCUGGUUCAUGGUCGAUGUGCAGUUCGUCUCGGAGCUGCCGCACUUUGUGCCGCUUGCUCUGCUGCAAGACAUCGCCGCGCUUCCGGCGAAAGACGCCCGGCGUAACGACAUAGACUACCUCUCCGACGCCCACCUCGAGGCCCUCAAGACGAUGCAGCUGCUGACGCGCGGCCGGCUGAGUGUGCAACCCGUGGAGCAGACGGCCUACGACGCCGUCGAGCUGCUGGGCACGCGCGGCGGCUGGACGCAGUGGGUGGGCAAGUGGAACGCCGGCAAGGGCAAGGGCAAGGCCACCAAGAGCGUCAAGGCGGAGGAGGACGAGGGCGAGAGCGCCCCGGCGCCAAAGCGGCGCAAGGCCGCCGAGAGCGAGCAGAAGCCUGCCAUCGUCAAGCGGGAGCCCGCUGCGCCGAGAUCAAAGGCGCCUGGCAAGCCUGCCGCAAACGAGACAGCCACGUCCAGCGGCUUGCGCCGGUCAUCACGCAAUGCGAGCAAGUGACAGGUGUGACAUUAGAUGCGGAGAGUUCGGGAGGAAGCAGCAGCUCAAGGCACCCUUGGCGGCAUCACCGGCUGCGCCUGUGGGCGCCACACCUCACCGGGCGGCGCAUUGCGCGCCAGCGCCACGUACGCGAGGCGCAGCUCGUCCCAGAGCAUGGCGUCGCGCUCCUGCUCGC